AAAUUAAGGAAACAGAAAGAAUGCAAAAAUACAAAUUAUAAACCAAAUACAUCUGCAUUCACUUCACGAAAGCAUAAACAAGUUGACAAUACCAAUGUUGAAACAAUUGAACACCAAGCUUCUGAAGAUAACGUUUUUCUUAAUGAAAAUAUAGAAAUCCCGGAAACAUUGUUUACAGAUUCAUCAAAAGAUGUGUUUAAAGCUUUAACAUUUAUUUAUGUGGCUAUCAGAAAGGUGACUGUCGAGGUUAAUUUAUUAAAAAAGGACAUCCAAGAAUUAAAGAAAACUGUUACAUGUGCAAUGCUAACAAAAAAUAAUCAAAUCAUUUCACCUGUGGCCUUUAUUGAGAAAUACAAUUUUUCUGAAAUAAAAUCUAUUGAAGAUUUUAAAAAAUUUGAUUCAGAAUUGCAAGCAAACGAGGAAUUUGCAAAGGAUUUUAAAGAUACAUUGGAACAUUUAUUAGGAUCCAAUAUUAAGCAAUCAAUUGUGGGAAUAAUAAAAAAAUUUUUACACCGUGACUUUGCCAUAAAAUGCACGGCAAUAAAGUUUUCGCCGAACAAAUUUGUAUUAAAAAACACUUGCUUCUACAACUCUCUAUUCGAUUUGAUAUGUCAUUACCACAAAACUUCAGAAGGCGGAAUAGUAACAGAAAAAAUAUUUUAUAAAUCUUUAUCAUCCUGCCUGACCAAUGCCAAGGAUUGGGACAGAUUUCGGAAACUGCGACAACCAGCGGCAACAGAAUGACAUAAUUGAUUAUAUUCUUUAAGUUCCAGUUUAAUUUUUUAAAAACUCUUACUUGAUUCUUGAAACUCAAAUUUUUUAAAAACUUUUACUUGAUUCUUAAAACUCUAAACUUUGUCUAAAAUAAAUAGUGCGUUUUUAUUUUUUUUCAGUUUUCGAGGCAAAAAAUUUUUUAGUUUUAUUUAAACGUUUAUAUAUAUUUUUUAAUAUAUAUAUGGUUAAAUAGUAUAUAAAAUAUCUUUAA